AUGCUUAGUAAUCAAGUACCUCUAGCUAACCAGCUUGUUUAUCAAGAACCGGAUAGCUAUAAUACAUUCUAUCAAACCUUCCUGUCAUUACCAGUACCUAUAGUUAACCAGCUUGUUUAUCAAGUACUGGGUAGCUAUAAUACAUUCUAUCAAACCUUCCUGUCAUUACCAGUACCUAUAGCUAACCAGCUUAUUUAUCAAGUAUCGGAUAACUAUAAUACAUUCUAUCAAACCUUCCUGUCAUUACCAGUACCUAUAGUUAACCAGUUUUUUUAUCAAGUACUGGGUAGCUAUAAUACAUUCUAUCAAACCUUCCUGUCAUUACCAGUACCUCUAGCUAACCAGCUUAUUUAUCAAGUACUGGGUAGCUAUAAUACAUUCUAUCAAACCUUCCUGUCAUUACCAGUACCUCUAGUUAACCAGCUUAUUUAUCAAGUACUGGGUAGCUAUAAUACAUUCUAUCAAACCUUCCUAUCAUUACCACUACCUAUAGUUAACCAGCUUGUUUAUCAAGUACUGGGUAGCUAUAACACAUUCUAUCAAACCUUCCUAUCAUUACCAGUACCUAUAGUUAACCAGCUUGUUUAUCAAGUACUCGGUAGCUAUAAUACAUUCUAUCAAACCUUCCUGUCAUUACCAGUACCUAUAGUUAACCAGCUUGUUUAUCAAGUACCGGGUAACUAUGAUACAUUCUAUCAAACCUUCCUGUCAUUACCAGUACCUAUAGUUAACCAGCUUGUUUAUCAAGUACCAGGUAACUAUAAUACAUUCUAUCAAACUUUCCUGUCAUUACCAGUACCUAUAGUUAACCAGCUUGUUUAUCAAGUAGCAGGUAACUAUAAUACAUUCUAUCAAACUUUCCUGUCAUUACCAGUACCUAUAGUUAACCAGCUUGUUUAUCAAGUACCGGGUAACUAUAAUACAUUCUAUCAAACUUUCCUGUCAUUACCAGUACCUAUAGUUAACCAGCUUGUUUAUCAAGUACCGGUACCUAUAGUUAACCAGCUUGUUUAUCAAGUAGCAGGUAACUAUAAUACAUUCUAUCAAACCUUCCUGUCAUUACCAGUACCUAUAGUUAACCAGCUUGUUUAUCAAGUACCGGGUAACUAUAAUUCAUUCUAUCAAACCUUUCUGAUUUUACCAGUACCUAUAGUUAACCAGCUUGUUUAUCAAGUACCGGGUAACUAUAAUACAUUCUAUCAAACCUUCCUGUCAUUACCAGUACCUCUAGCUAACCAGCUUGUUUAUCAAGUACCAGAGAGAUAUCUAUGUGUAAUUAAUACACUAAGUAUUGUUUAA